GGACUUUAUUUCAUUAACCAAAGAUUCCUCGAGAACUUAAAAUCUCAAGAAAGCAAUUACGUUUCGCACAUCCUACAAAAAUGAAGAUUGUUAUCUUGCUUUUGGCAUUUUUGGCUGUCUCUUUAGCAGCACCAAUCACAACUGAGGACAAGAAAGAUGCUCCUGCAGUGGAAGUAGCCGCUGAGGAAAAGGUCGCUGACGUACCAGAACAAACCGCUGAACAAAAAACCGAAGAUGCCCCAGAAGAAGAAACCGAAGAUGCUACUGAGGAAGAAACCGAAGAUGCUCCUGAGGAAGAAACCGAGGAUGCUCCCGAGGAAGAAACCGAGGAUGCUCCCGAGGAAGAAACCGAAGAUGCUCCUGAGGAAGAAACCGAGGAUGCUCCCGAGGAAGAAACCGAGGAUGCUCCCGAGGAAGAAACCGAAGAUGCUACCGACGAAGAAAUAGAGGAUGCUCCUGAGGAGGAAACCGAGGAUGUUCCAGAAGAGAUCGAGGAUGCUCCCGAAGAGGAAGAUGAAUCCGAGGAUAUGGAAUUUGCCGUCCCAGAAGAUGAAGAAUUUCCAGAAUUCGAGGAUGAAAUAGAAUCUGAGGAAGAUGCUCCAGAAGAGGAUGAGACCGAAGACGUCCCAGAAGAAGAUGAAGAAGAGACCGAAGACGUCCCAGAAGAAGAUGAAACCGAAGAGACCCCAGAAGAAGAUGAAGAAGAGACCGAAGACGUCCCAGAGGAAGAUGAAACAGAAGAGACCCCAGAAGAAGAUGAAGAAGAGACCGAAGACGUCCCAGAGGAAGAUGAAACCGAAGAGACCCCAGAAGAAGAUGAAGAAGAGACCGAAGACGUCCCAGAGGAGGAUGAAACCGAAGAGGUCCCAGAAGAAGAUGAAGAAGAGACCGAAGACGUCCCAGAGGAGGAUGAAACCGAAGAGGUCCCAGAAGAAGAUGAAGAAGAGACCGAAGACGUCCCAGAGGAGGAUGAAACCGAAGAGACCCCAGAAGAGGAUGAAGAAGAGACUGAAGACGUCCCAGAGGAGGAUGAAACCGAAGAGACCCCAGAAGAGGAUGAAGAAGAGACUGAAGACGUCCCAGAGGAAGAUGAUGAAGAGACUGAAGACGUCCCAGAGGAAGAUGAAGAAGAGACCGAAGACGUCCCAGAAGAAGAAGAUGAGCAAGUUGAAGACGAGGAAUAAACCUCUUUUUAAAUGUGAACGAACUUCUGCCUAAUAUUU